AUGCCGUCCGUAAAGACCCCGAACCACCGCUCCAAGAACAGGCUCGCCGCCCAGGCCAACAAGGCCAAGAGGGUGCGCCAGAAGAAGUCGGAGGAGAACAAGAACAAGAUCGCAAAGACCGACUCCAUGCGGGGCGCCCGCCCCGGUCUGCUGCCCACGAGCGGUCCCAACGCGCCCCUGAGCAAGAAGAAGGCCAAGAAGCUGGAGAAGAAGAUGGCGCAUGCUAUCCGGAGGAAGAUGGCGGCAGAGGGCGAGGUCGAGAUGGCUGAUGUGGAAGAGGACGAGAAGGCUGGCGAGGAGGAGAAGCCUGCCGCGGCUGAUACGGAGAUGGAUAACAUCCAGUGA